AUGGCUUCCCUGAGCCUGGGGGGGCUGAGCGUGAACCGUGGCGGCGGCAGCAGCAGCUGCAAGAAGAGCCUAAACGCCCGCAAUGCUGCAGUGGAGAGGAGGAACCUAAUCACCGUGUGCAGAUUUUCUGUCAAGACCCUGAUUGACCGAUCCUGUUUUGAGACGAUUGAUGACUCAUCCCCGGAAUUUAACAAUUUCGCUGCUAUUUUGGAACAGAUACUAAGUCAUCGGCUAAAAGAGAUUUCACAAAGUUGCAGAUGGCUGGCUCACCUCCAAAUAACUCUUCAAGGUCAAGUAACCUGGUUUGGCUAUGAAAGCCCUCGUAGCUUCUGGGACUAUAUCAGAGUGGCCUGCCGAAAGGUUUCCCAGAACUGUAUCUGCAGCAUUGAGAAUAUGGAAAAUGUCAGUUCUUCAAGAGCCAAGGGAAGAGCCUGGAUCAGAGUAGCACUCAUGGAAAAACAUUUAUCCGAAUAUAUCUCCACAGCUCUGAGAGACUUCAAAACAACCAGGAGAUUUUAUGAAGAUGGAGCAAUUGUAUUGGGUGAAGAAGCAAAUAUGCUUGCUGGCAUGCUGCUUGGACUUAAUGCUAUUGAUUUCAGCUUCUGCCUGAAGGGAGAAGGAUUAGAUGGCAACUUCCCGGCUGUCAUAGAUUAUACACCAUAUUUGAAAUUUACCCAAAGUUCUGAUAGCAUCAGCAGUGAUGAAGAAGAAUUAAGGACCUUGGGAAGCAGUGGUAGUGAAAGUAGUACUCCAGAGAAUAUUGGCCCUCCUUUUAUCAUGGAUGAAAAUAGUUGGUUCAACAAAUGUAAGAGAGUUAAGCAGAAGUAUCAACUUACCCUGGAACAAAAGGGUUAUCUUGAAGAACUGUUAAGACUUCGAGAGAACCAGCUGGCUGAAUCUGUUUCUCAGAACAAGUUACUGCUUCAGAGAAUUGAAGAUUCUGAUUUGACCCACAAACUAGAGAAGGAACAGUUGGAGUACAUUAUCGUAGAACUGCAGGACCAGCUGACUGUGCUAAAGAAUAAUGAUUUAAGAUCAAGACAAGAGUUAACUACCCACCUCACCAAUCAGUGGCCUUCCCCAGGAGCUCUGGAUGUCAAUGCUGUUGCCUUGGAUACCUUGCUUUACCGAAAACACAAUAAACAGUGGGAUGACAAAAGUUUUCAAAGUCUGGACCAGUUAUCAGCCGAAGUUAGUCUUUCCCAGACAUCUCUGGAUCCAGCCCAUUCACAGGAUGGAGAUGGUAAACAAGACAUGUUAAAUUUACUAAAUGAAGGUAAAGAAGAUACUCCCUCAUUACUUGGUCUCUGUGGCUCUCUAACCUCAGUAGCAAGUUAUAAAUCUCUAACAAGCCUGAAAUCAAGUGACUACCUUGCAAGUCCCACCACAGAGAUGACCAGCCCAGGCGUAACUCCAUCUUGAAAAGCCGAAUGUGAGGGCAGCCAGAAAAAAACCUCUUACAUCGCAUACAUUCAGUCUACAUUCCAUGGGUUU